CCAGCACACGGGCACCAGCACUCGAUCCACUCGACCCUCAGCAUCAUCCCGCACCGCCUGUCCCGCCCCCGCCCCUCCCCCUCGCCGACUCGCCUACACGCACCACCAGCAUGAGCGCCAAGACUGCCGACAUCCUCGUCUGGGGCGCCACGGGCUUCACCGGCCAGCUCGUCGUCAAGUACCUCGCGACCGAGGCCGUCCAGCAGGGCUUCAAGCUCGCCGUCGGCGGCCGCAACCGCCAGAAGCUCGACGACACGAUGAAGCAGCUCGGCGUCAAGCCCGCCGUCGUCCUCACGGCCGACUCGGGCGACGAGGCGAGCCUGCGCGCCAUGGUCAAGCAGGUCAAGGUCGUCGCGUCGCUCGUCGGGCCCUACAUGCAGUACGGGGAGCCGCUCGUCAAGGUGUGCGCCGAGGAGGGCGUCCACUACUGCGACCUGUCGGGCGAGAGCCCCUUCAUCCAGCGCACCGUCACUCGCUACGCCCGCUCGGCCCUCGACUCGAAGGCCAUCCUCGUCUCGACGUCGGGCUUCGACUCGAUCCCGUCCGACAUCGGCGCCUACCUCGCCGUGCAGCGCCUCAAGAAGCUCGGCGCCGACGCCGGCCACGUCCGCAGCGGCUUCCAAGCUCGCGGCGGCGUGUCGGGCGGCACGAUCGCGUCCAUCCUGGGCGUCCUCGAGAACCCGGACAAGGACGAGCGCAAGCGCUCGAUGGGCCCGUACGCCCUGUCGCCCGUCACGGGCCCGCGCUCCAAGGUGCCGGCGUUCAUCGACCGCAUGACGUACCAGGGCCGCACCCAGUGGGGCAUGUACUGGCUGAUGGCGCCGCUGAACGAGCAAGUUGUUAACCGCUCGUGGGGCAUCCUCGAGGCGGCCGACGACUCGGCGUCGCGCGCGCAGGCGUACGGCCCCAAGUUCAACUACGCCGAGUUCCUCUCGGUCCCCGGUGGCCCGCUCGUCGCCUUCCUCGGGUCGCUCACCUUCUUCUCCGCCUUUGCCACGUUGUUCUUCCCGCCGUUCCGCUGGCUCGUCAAGAAGCUCGUCACCCAGGCCGGCGACGGCCCGAGCGCCGAGUCGCAGAAGAACGGCUGGUACGAGGUGACGACGGUCGCCAAGAGCGUCGACGGCCGCAAGGAGGUGCAGGUCGUCGGCAAGGGCAAGGGCGACCCGGGCUACGCCGCGACGGCCGUCCUCAUCUCGUCGUGCGCGCUGUGCCUCCUCAAGGACCACGAUCGCCUGUCGCCUUUGGCCAAGCAGGGCGGGUUCCUCACGCCGGCGACGGCGUUCGGCAACGUGCUCGUCGAGCGGCUCGAGGCGACGGGCCGGUUCAGCUGGACGGUCGAGGACAGCGAGUCGGCCAAGGACAAGUAGUCGAGCGGCCUCCUCAGCGAAAUGUACAGAGCGUCGCAGUG